AAAUCAGAACAGAAAGGCAUUCUUAUCUACCAGAGUUUGAGAGAGAUGAGUGGAGAAGGAAAGGUGGUUUGUGUCACAGGAGCUUCUGGCUACAUCGCUUCAUGGCUGGUUAAGCUCUUGCUUGCCCGUGGUUACACCGUUCAUGCAACCGUCCGAUCCCUCGAUGACCCAAAAAAGACAGAACAUCUUCUUGCUCUUGAUGGAGCUAAGGAAAGACUAUCUUUGUUUGAAGCUAACUUGAGUGUAGAAGGCUCUUUUGAUUCUGCAGUUGAUGGUUGCGUUUGUGUCUUUCACACAGCAUCUCCUGUUCUACUAUCAGUUGAUGACCCACAGUUGGAAUUGCUAGGUCCUGCAGUGAAGGGAACACUUAAUGUUCUUAAAUCAUCUGCGAAAGUUGAAACUGUCAAGAGAGUGGUGUUGACGUCUUCAGUGGCUACAGUUAUGUAUGGUGUCAAGCUUCCAGAAUCUGGUGGUGUAGUGGAUGAAACUUGGUUUUCAGAUCCGGUUGUUUGUGAGCAGAGUAAGUUGUGGUAUCACCUUUCAAAGAUCCAGGCUGAGAAUGCUGCUGUGAAAUUUUCAAGAGAGAAUGGUCUGGAUUUGGUGAUAAUAAAUCCUGGCUAUGUGAUUGGUCCUCUCUUACAACCUUCUAUCAACUUAACUUCUCAGGGAUUUUGGAGCUUUAUAGAAACCGGAAAAGAAGUAUUUCCAGAUGGAAUUUACAUACUUGUUGAUGUGAGAGACACUGCUAUCGCGCAUAUAUUAGCAUUUGAGAAACCGGAAGCGAAUGGUAGAUACUGCAUGGUCGGGAAUGUGGUUCGAUCUGUGGAGAUUAUGAUGAUCUUAGACAAACUCUACCCUGAUCUUGACUAUUCUCUAAGGUAUAAAGACAAGUGUGUCGAGAAGUUACCGUAUAGUAUAUCGAAGGCAAAGGCGGAGAGUCUAGGUGUUGAGUUUACCCCAUUGGUGGUAAGCCUCAAGGAUAGUGUUGAUAGCCUAAAAGAGAAGAAACUUUUGAACCUAUAAUUUCCUUAAAUGUUUGAUUGAGAACAAAAGGGAGACUGGAAACUUGCAGACAUGAAUUGUGCAGUGCUUCACACACACACAUGUAGAAUAAUAACUAAAAACCUUGCUUAAAGAUGUUUUCAAUAGGAUUGACCCAAAUUUGAAUGCUCAA